CAGACUCAGAUACGAGAAACGCAGUGGAGCAUCUGAUACAGAUCGCUGCACGUUUGUUUUUUUAUUACUGAUAUACAGUAGCAGUGUAUGUAGGAUAAAGUGUAAAGCUUUAUUCUGUAGCAUCCUCUGCGGAGCUUACUUUUAUAUGUCCACUGUUUAUUUAAAUUCAAAAUGAAAAGGAUUAUAAUGAUAUUUGCAGACAUCUUCCAGUAGAUUAAGGUGCGUGCUGUGAUUGGCCAGACCUACAUGCUAACACAGGAUGAGGAGUUGUGGAAGAAGGAGCUUCCAACCAAUGUGGAGUCUCUUCUAUGUCAAGCCCGUGACCCACUUGCUGACCGCUCUGAACGAGUAAUGAGCUUUGGGCAAGCUGAGAGAGAUAAAACCAGAGUGGUCUCCUUUCGUGUCCCACACAAUGCAGCUGUGCAGGUGUACGACUACAGAGAGAAAAAGGCCAGGGUGGUGUUUGGACCUGAAAUGGUGAUGCUGGGUCCUGACGAGCAGUUUACAGUUCUGUCUCUUUCUGGAGACAAACCCAAACGUCCAAAUGUCAUCAAAACCAUUUGUCUCCUGCUUGGCCCAGACUUUUGCACUGACAUCAUCACCAUCGAGACAGCCGACCAUGCCCGCUUGCAGCUUCAGCUCUCUUACAACUGGUAUGAUGUGUUUAACUCCAUUAGGAUCAUCUGUUCAGCUGUCUUUGGUUUUGAUGAGAAACUGGCGGUGAAGUCCAGCCUGCGUUUUGCUCAGAAUGGGUUAAUUAUCAGCAGCGUGGACAUUCAGUCUGUGGAGCCGGUGGACCAGCGGACCCGUGAUGCCCUGCAAAAGAGUGUGCAACUAGUCAUUGAAAUCACCACCAAUUCACAGGAGGCUACGGCACGACACGAGGCAGAGCGUCUGGAGCAGGAGGCUCGUGGUCGUCUUGAGAGGCAGAAGAUCAAUGAUCAAGCCGAGGCAGAGAAGGCGAGGAAGGAGCUGUUGGAGCUGGAGGCCCAGAGGUGAAGCUCCUGCAGUCUUUGGGUCUGAAGUCUACUCUUAUCACAGAUGGAUCCUCCCCAAUUAAUCUCUUUACUACCGCCAAUGGCUUCCUGGGGGCUCUGCAGGGAAAAGAAGACCAAAAUGAAUAAAGAAAUAAAAAAAAGAGGAGAGCGGUUGAGAGGCCUUGUACUACAUUAUAUGCAUAAAUUAAACUGUGAUGAAAUACUUCACAUUAUCACUCCCAAUAGUUAUUGCAAUAAAGCCAUGAAAGUGCAGCAUAGCAUAUGUGUGUG